AUGAGGAUAGAGACCAAAACCAGGGUCGAAAUCGCAGUGAGGACAGGGAUCGGGAUCGGGAUCGGGAUCGGGAUCGGGAUCGGGACUGCGACCGGGACCGGGACCGGGACCGGCGCCGGCGCCGGCAGCAGCCGCACGAGCCCCGCCGCGCGCGCGCGCGCCUUUCGCAGAGCGUCUGAGUCUCGGCCCCGCCCUUUCGUCCCUCCCCUCAGCCAAUGGGCAGCGUCGUGCGAGGGUCCUGCGGCGCUGAUUGGCUGCGGCGCGGUUGCUAGGGGAAGCGGCAGCGCGGGCAGCAUGGCGGACCCGGAGCCGGGCGCGGCGCUGGGCAUCGGCCCCGGCGUGCUGCUGCUGCAGCUGCUCUGGGCGCUGGCGCUGCUGCUCUGCCUGGCGCUGUCCCGCGCGGCCGGCCGGGCUCGGUUCGCCGUGGUGCCGGUGGCGCUGGGAGCUGCCGUCCUCAGCGCCGCGCUGCUGCUCUUUCCGCGGGAGGACGGGAGCCCGGCCGCAGCCGCCGCCGAGGAGAUCGUGGACACCUUCUUCCUGGGGCGCCUGGUGCUGCUGGCCGCGAUGAUCCUGCUGGCGCUGGGCUGCCUCUUCCUGCUGCUCCUCUACCACCUCCUGGAGCCAGUCUAUGCCAAGCCUCUGCGCGGCAGCUAG